GUGGGGUGGUGUUGUCACGUGUGUAGCACUCAUGGGUUUCGCGUGUCUGUUGAUUGUCGUCUUCCUGUCUGCAUUCCUUCUGGUCGUUUGUGUUUUGUGUUGUUGUCGUUUGCGAUGUUGGUCUGUCUAGAGUUGCAUGAAUGAUGUACUUGGCGGAUACAUGCCCGAGGCAGCCAAGAACGCAACCGCGCGACGACAUUGCGCUGUUUUUCGUUGCUGCUGCGUAUGAGCAGGAAAGCGCCUACAAAACGCGGGACGGUCGAUUUUCUCUCUUUAGUUUUUUUUGUGGUUUGGGGCUGCCGACCUCUCUCUCCCUUGGUUGAGUGGGUUGUCUGGUUGAACCGGGAUAAAUCCCGUACAACCAAAAGGGAGGACGUCGCGCGUCUUGUGAGAAGUGUGUGCCGUCUCGGCGUCUUGGGCGUGUGUGCCAGUGGACGUGAGGGUGUGGUGUUGCGUUAGUGCUGAUGUCGUCGUGUCUGGGCGCGUCUUUCAUGUGUUCCAUGUGUGUGUGUCUCUUUGUGUCUCUUAGAGUUGACCGCGACUGACAGGCUGACCAAGCGUUUGCUUCGGUGUGUGCAAGCAAGCAAGCAAAUACCGGGGCGUGCACGAAAGGACGAGCCGUCCCACGGUACGUUCCGGGCUGAGUCACGCGACGGUUAGUUCCGAACGAGUUUCGGGGGUGUCGUGAAUCGCGGCCGGGUGUUUUGAGAUGCGCUCCGCAUCCUGCGUGUGUCGUACAACGUUGCAUGCUAGUGUCAAGGGGUAUCGACGAAGAUGAGCUAUCAUUGGCGAGUCUCUCACGUACGGUCUUCGCGCGUGUGUGGGAGCUUAGCCGUGUUGGGGGCGACUUUAUUGGAUGCCCGGCAGCAGCUAGCUGAGUCUUCGAGCGCUAUUGUUUUGUCCCUUUCUUCGUGUUGUGCUUUCAUGUUGUGUUUUUUGUUUUAAGACGAGCAAGAAUAGCGAGAUAGCGAUCGAAGCAGGGAUGUGGAAAGGCGUGCUGUUGAAGGCGCCCGGCCGUGCGCCGCAGGUCCGUAGUAGCAGCAGCAGUUUUAGCGAGAUAUAUGCUAUAGGGUGAUUUGAGUGUGUUUUUAUGCAAAAUGGGGGUUGGGCGGCCGUGGAAAGAAAGUUGCCGUUGUGAAGCAUGGAUCCGUUGGAAUCUGCGACAACAGCAACGUUCCACGGUACGGUUUACCGGCGCCCAAUCCCCGCUGAAACCCGGGAGUCGCUCGUGGUGUUAGAGAAGACAGGAGGCCUUCGCCGUUGAUGUUUAGAGAGGCUGGAGGCUUGAAAUUGUUUUAGGCAUGCAUGAGUGAUUGUGAAAAGGGGCUGUCGACAUUCAUUCCCCGAUUUCAAUCAUCCCUCGAAUGUUUGCGUUUGAUGCCACGGCAUGGUUUUGGUGGCACUUUUUAUUUCUCUAAGCUAGCCUUGGUGUGAGGUCAAGGGUGUGUCGUUUGGUGUGGUGUGCCGCACGCCCUUGCCUCCACUUGUGCGUGGCUGCAUUUGGCCACAUCGGCGAUUGCUUUUGUCUCGCAAGUGUGUGUCUUGCGUGUGGUAGAGAUGGAAGUCAUGCGUGCUAUCUCGGAAAAGAAGACGUGACAAGGGCGAGGACGGCAGGACUUGGUGCCGGUCUUGUGGUUGAUUUUUGAUAUUGCAUCAUUGAUUUAAUUUUAGUGGUUGGGUUGCCGGAGUUCUUGCGCGAACACAUGUGCGAUAGCAACUUUUUUGUCUUGAUAGAGGAUAGAGUGGAAGAGAGAGAGAGAGAGUGAGCUGCACUCUGCGAGCAGGCAGGUGCAACAAUGCUGG